AGGAAGCACCGUGCUCGGGAGAUGAAAUAUUUCUGGGCGAUUCGUCAGGCAUCCAGAUGCCUGCUGCCCUGGCUCCUGCUGCUGGCGGCAUGGCGGGCGGGCAGCGCCCAGCUGCGCUACUCGGUCCCCGAGGAGGCCCAGCACGGCACGUUCGUGGGCCGCCUGGCGCAGGACCUGGGGCUGCCGCUGGCCGAGCUGGUGCCGCGCCUGUUCCGGGUGGCGUCCAGGGCCGGCGGGGACCUGCUGGAGGUGAACGUGCAGAACGGCAUCCUGUUCGUGAACGCGCGGAUGGACCGCGAGGCGCUGUGCGGGCGGAGCGCGGAGUGCAGCGUGCACCUGGAGGUGGUGGUGGAGCGGCCGCUGCAGGUGUUCCACGUGGAGGUGGAGGUGAGGGACGUCAACGACAACCCACCCGUGUUUCCGAUGGCCGUUAAACAUCUGUUCAUUGCAGAAUCCAGGCCUCUUGACUCUCGGUUUCCACUGGAGGGCGCGUCCGAUGCAGACGUCGGAGCCAAUGCGCAGCUGACCUAUACGCUGAGCCCCAACGAGUACUUUUCGCUGGCAAAACCAUCCGACAGUGAGCGGGUACAAGGCCUUGGCCUUGUAUUACGAAAGUCACUAGACCGAGAGGAAACUCCGGAGAUUUUUUUAGUGCUCAGGGUCGCAGAUGGGGGCAAGCCUGAGCUGACCGGAACGGCUGAAUUACUCAUCACGGUACUGGACGCAAACGACAACGCCCCGGUUUUCGACAAAGCACUCUACGUGGUGAAAAUACCGGAAAAUGUCCCCAAUGCCACGUCGGUAAUUACAGUGAAUGCCUCAGAUCUAGAUGAAGGCUUGAAUGGGGAUAUUAUUUAUUCAUUCUCAACUGACGUUUCCCAAAACGUGAAGUCCAAGUUCCACAUAGACGCAGUUACUGGGCAGAUGAUUGUGAAGGGAAAUAUUGAUUUUGAAGAAAGCCGAUCCUAUGAGAUUCUCGUAGAGGGCACUGACAGAGGACAACCUCCACUCUCCGGUCAUUGUAGAGUGAUCGUGGAAGUGGAAGACACCAAUGAUAAUGUGCCAGUCUUGGAAUUCAAGUCGCUGUCUCUUCCAGUCCGAGAGGACGCUCCGGUGGGCACGGUGAUCGCCCUGGUCAGCGUGUCCGACCGCGACUCGGGCGCCAACGGGCAGGUGAGCUGCGCCCUGACGCCCGACGUGCCCUUCCGGCUGCUGUCGACCUUCAGGAACUACUACUCGCUGGUGCUGGAGAGCGGGCUGGACCGCGAGCUGGUGUCGGGCUACGGCGUGGUGGUGACGGCGCGCGACGCGGGCUCGCCGGCGCUGCGGGCGUCGGCCAGCGUGUGGGUGGAGGUGGCGGACGUGAACGACAACGCGCCCGCGUUCGCGCAGGCCGAGUACACGGUGUUCGUGAGGGAGAACAACGCGCCGGGCUGCCACCUGGUGACGGUGUCGGCGCGCGACGCGGACGCGCGGGAGAACGCGCGCGUGUCGUACUCGCUGGUGGAGCGGCGCGUGGGCGAGCGCCUGCUGUCGAGCUACGUGUCGGUGCACGCGGAGAGCGGGCGCGUGCACGCGCUGCAGCCGCUGGACCGCGAGGAGCUGGAGCUGCUGCGCUUCGAGGUGAGCGCGCGCGACGCGGGCGUGCCGGCGCUGGGCAGCAACGUGACGCUGCAGGUGUUCGUGCUGGACGAGAACGACCACGCGCCGUGGGUGCUGCCGCGGGGCGCGGGCGGGCCGGCGAGCGAGGCGGUGCCGGUGUGGGUGUCGCGGUCGGCGGGCGCGGGCCACGUGGUGGCGAAGGUGCGCGCGGUGGACGCGGACGCCGGCUACAACGCGUGGCUGUCGUACGAGCUGCAGGCGGCGCCCAAUGCGAAUGCGAACGCGGCUGGGGCGGCUGCGUCGGGCGGGGCGCGGCUCCCGUUCCGCGUGGGGCUGUACACGGGCGAGAUCAGCACGACGCGCAGCCUGGACGAGGCGGACUUGGCGCGCCAGCGGCUGCUGGUGCUGGUGAAGGACCACGGCGAGCCCGCGCUGACGGCCACGGCCACGGUGCUGCUGUCGCUGGUGGACGGCGGGCAGGCGGCGGCGGCGGCGGGGGUGGCGUCCUCGUCGCGGGCGGGUGCGGCGGCGGGUGCGGCGGACGGCGCGGCGGCGCUGCUGGACGUGAACGCGUCCCUGAUCGUGGCCAUCUGCGCCGUGAGCAGCCUGCUGGUGCUGACGCUGGUGGUGUGGACGGCGCUGCGGUGCUGGGCGCCGGCCGCGGAGGGCGCGUGCGGGCCGGGGCAGCCGGCGCUGGUGUGCGCGAGCGCGGUGGGGAGCUGGUCGUGCUCGCAGCGGAGGCGGCAGCGGGUGAGCGGCGGCGAGGGCGCGCCCAAGGCCGACCUCAUGGCCUUCAGCCCCAGUUUACCUGACCCUCGGCAGAGAGAGCUUCAACAGGAGGCAAACGGGGAUUCCACUCUAAAGGUUAGUUUACAAUAUCCUUUUAUUUAA